AGUUUAGAAUGAUGUUGUGUAAACGGCCCCUAAAACAGAGGUCUUCAACCCUGCUCCUAUGGACCCAAACUCUGCAGGAAAGUGGGUCCCCAGGAGCAGGAGUGAAGACCUCUGCUCUAAAAUACCUGAAGAAGAAUCAUUAUUAAUGAUAAAAUAUAUCCCACAGAAAGGAAGCUGUUAGGAUCUGUGUUUGUUAGUUGGUGUUUAUCUGAACAAUUCACCUCUCAGGUGAUGCAGUUAAACAAACUUGCCCGCAUUCUCCACCAAUAAGCUGUUGGAAAACACACCUUGACUCCACGAAGACACCAAUGUGCUCAAGUUUACUAAAGACAAUUCUCCACACUUCCAAAAGUCAUAGAAAUGAGUAAGAGGAUCCAGCUUCAAGCUAACUUAGAAUACAGAAACACUUAUAUGGAUAAUCAGUAAUUUCUACAGGAUAUGAUAGGAGGAAAAACUAUAUUUCCAUAUUUUUCAAAGUUUCUCUUGGGGACUCCAUAGUUUUGCGGGAGAAUGCAACGUUUCUCGGGAGAACCUAGUACUUUUGCAGGGGAAAACAUUCACAAUACAGUUUUUAAUUACAUAUAUAAAAAAUAAGUAACACCUAAAACUGGCUUCUUAUGGAGAAAAAAAACUGUUGAUUGAAAAAAAAACAUAUACCUGGCAAAUUUGGUCAGAAAUGUUAGCUACUUAGUAUUAACUCUAUAAACUCUUGCCUAAAAGCAAUAGCACACUCACAGUUAUACUGUUGGUGUGAUUAUCAGCACGGUUGUGAUUACCUGCUAUACUUGUGCCAAUGGUCAAAUCACAGACAUGCUGUUAUUCAUUUACAAUAUUACACUUAUACAUACAUUUUACACUUUUGUUUGUGUAAUAUUGCAAAAUUACUGAAAAUUGUGGAAAAGAAUAAGAAACGCAAUGUUUGAGGAACAUCAAUCACGUGCAUUUACACACUGUAAUAAAAGAGAAAAACAUCUCACUGUAAAAUGUGGACGUAUCUUGCGUUUCCUGAUUUAUCUUCACUUCAUGGUGUUAUUUUGCAUGUAUAUACAAUAAGCAGAAAUAACUAGUCUUAAGAAGUUCCUGCUAUGGCAAAUAUAUAUAUAUAAAAAAUAAUAAUAAGUUUUAAUAUUCUAAGGAUCAAAUAAGUACCUUCAUAAUCAUAGUGGCCACUGUUCCUUUUAGUUUUAUGAAUCUGUAAUUUAAUGUUAAAAUUUUCCAUGAAGUUUUCAUACAUUAAUUUAUUUUGCACUUGCACUUAGGUCACUUGCAAAACAUUUAAAAUAAGCUUGUUUAACCAAUAUAUAUGUGAAAAAAUAAUACUAAUAAAAAUGUUCAUUCGUAUCCUGAAGCUUCUAAUUAAUGUUCAUAACAACGUAAUCACAUUUUGACAGAGCUUAUCAGUUAUUGUGAUUGUAACAGAUGCAUACUGGGUGGAGAUUGAUGAAGAUGCCAGGUGAGAUUCCACCCUGGAGACUGGAACAACCUGUUUGCAUGUUUCAGUAUGCUGCAGGUGCUUGAGAUGGAUCUGCUGUCUUCAGGGCUGGUGUUUUAUUUAUAGAACCAGAGAUGAAUCAAAUAUGGGGAGAUUGAGGAUAAACUUUCAGCCAUUUUUAAAAAUGAUUUAAUGACACAAUGACCUGCUUUCUUCUAACCUGCAUGUUCACAUUGCUCCAGAUAUUUCUGGCGCCAUCUAAAGCAAUGCUUUUUCCUCCAAAGAACCUGACUGUAGGAUUAUUGGAUUUUAAUGCUACAGCUGAAUGGCUUCCUGGACAAGGAAACCCUCCUGGCACCAAAUAUACCUUGGAGUAUACAACUGUACAAAACAUGUCUGGAGGAAAGUGGAUUCCGUCUCCAAACUGCACUAACAUAGCCAUACUGAAAUGCGAGCUGACCUUUGAUGAGCUCCAUUGGCAUUAUUUUGUAAGGGUCAAGACCACGUUUAAAGGGAUGAACUCCAACUGGACAACUACAUCAAAGUCUUUCCAGCCAUAUGGAGACACUCGUCUGAGUUCUCCGGAUGUAGAGAUCUCAUCUGACCAAAAGUCCAUUAAAAUUAAUUUUAGUCAUAGACUGGAAUUAAAACCAGAGAUCAAACUGGAAUUCCUGCUAUACCUUUUUGAGAAAAGUCCUGCAGGGGAAUCAGAGUUUAUUCCUCCGAUAUCAACCUCAGAAUCUCCCUACAUUGUCCCUAAUGUGCCAUCUGGCAAGAACUACUGUGUUAGUGUUUCUGCCAGCCAUCAACAAGCCUCGAAGAACAACAACUUCAGCACCACCAAAUGUACUUUUCUAUUAGAUUCUACUAGAAGCUUUGUGCUACUGGUGUGCAUUGUAGCCAUUCUGCUGAUUGCCUUUUCAACUGGGAUUGUUGUGACUUUUGGUUGUUUUUACGACAUGAGGCUUAAAAUCAAGAAUCUCCACAUUCCAAAAGCCUUGAUCUUUAUUAAAAUAAAUAAUAGGGUUAUAGAACAAACCCCUGAGGAACUCCAAACAAUUACAGUUACAUUGCCUGUGAACACAGAGGACUAUGAUUCUGCAUUGGAGGAGGAGUAUGGCUACCAUAAGAGAGAAAACAUUACAAAUGUAAUAAUUAACCCAUCAUCCAUUGCCAAUGUCAACCCGCCAGAGCAAUCUGAGGAGGCUGAGACAUCAAAUCAGUGUUUAUACACACUAGCUACUGAUUUGGAACAAAGUCAAGAAAGUGAAAUAUGCGAGAAGGAUAAUGAUGAUAUACAUCCAGUUACCCCUGCGUCUUUAUGUACUUGUACUUCAAACCAUUCAGAAUCAUCCACAUUUCUACAAGCAACUACUGUGAACGUAUUUGUGAACUCAGAGGAGGAUAGAUAUUAUGCAAAGGAAACUCCCUUUUCUUCUAUCAAUGACUGUGAAAGAGAAGUGCCUGCUGAAGAGAAAGAGGAGGAGAAGGAGGAGGAGAAGGAUGAGGAGGAGGAGGAAGAGGAGGAUGUCCUCUUGUUGGCUGAUCACUCCUCAGAGAGUGGCUAUGAACCAAGACAUGCUAUAAAUGAUUUAUGAACCGGAGUUGACCUUUAGACUUCCAAAUUUCCACAGACUAUAUUUGAAGGCUCUCAAAGAGGAUCUACAUAUCCUGACCCCACUUCCAAAGGUGGAGUCUGCAACCAAAUUCAAGCAAAAAUGUAUCCACCUGAUCAACCCAAGGAGACAUGCAAAGCUUGGUGACAUAGAAAAUCGGCAUAUUCAAGACAUCAGGGAAUAACACUUGAGCAGACACUAGCGUUCCCUUUUGGAACCUUUAUUUUUAAGAGUUGUCAAGUGAGUCAUGUUGAACAGAUUUUGGAAUAAGGAAAGCGUGCCUACGUUAGAAAUAAGCUGGAGCUGGACAUUCUGCAGCAUGUCAGUGGUCACAUGACUAACCAUCUUGUCAAUAAAAGGAUACAUUGUUGACAGACUCCAGGUGCUACAUGAAGCAAUUUAUGAUGCAGUGCAAUACCUGACUGACCUGAAGCACUGGACAAUUUUAUCUAUUGUGUAUUCUGUGUUGAAAGAAUCAUUGAAAAUUAUUGUGUGUAUACAUUUACACAAAGUGGGUUUAAAAAGUGAAAAUGUUUUCAUUUCCAGCUUUUAAAUGAAGAAAUACUAGAUUUUAAUGUGGUCACAGACAAGGCUUAAGCUAGUCCUAGACUAAAAUGCAUGUUUUAGCUGUUUUAACUGAAAGCAUCUUAUACUAACAUAUCUUAAAAUAUGUCAGUGCCAUUGUUUUGUCUCAAGAUGCACACCAGUAAUGUUUUUUUUUCUAGGGAACGUUUAUAAAAGCACCUUAAAUGCCCUAAUUAAACUAAGGCCUACCUCUGGCUUAGUCUAAGCCCUGUCUGUGAAACCAGGCCUAUAGGUCUUAAUCUUAAUUCCACAGAUGAAACUUCUGUGGAAACUUCUCCAAAAUCAAAAUGACUAGGAAAAUAGUUGCUUUAAAGAUAAAUGGUGGUCACAUCAAAAAUGGAUUUGAUUCAGAAGUUAACUGAUAAAUAAGAAACUUUGGUAACAAGGUUUCAUUUGUUAACAUAGUUAACUACAUUAGUUUACAUGAACUAACAAUGAAAAACACUUCUAAAGCAUUUAUUGAUCUUAAUUUCAACAUUUACUAAUACAUUUGUAAAAUCAAA